GCAGGGUUGUUUGUGCAGCCUCAGCGGCGGCGGUGACCCACAGUGAUUCGGCCGCCGCGCCGGGGGGUGGGGGGGGGCUGCGCGGGACUCUUUUCUUUCAGACUGACCGCGGGGUAGCUGUGGAGCAUGUCGACCCCGGCCCGGAGAAGGCUUAUGCGGGAUUUCAAGCGAUUGCAAGAGGACCCACCUGUGGGUGUCAGUGGUGCACCAUCUGAAAACAACAUCAUGCAAUGGAAUGCAGUUAUAUUUGGACCAGAAGGGACACCCUUUGAAGAUGGUACUUUUAAACUAGUAAUAGAAUUUUCUGAAGAAUAUCCAAAUAAACCGCCAACUGUUAGGUUUUUAUCCAAAAUGUUUCAUCCAAAUGUGUAUGCGGAUGGUAGCAUAUGUUUAGAUAUCCUUCAGAAUCGAUGGAGUCCAACAUAUGAUGUAUCUUCUAUCUUAACAUCAAUUCAGUCUCUGCUGGAUGAACCAAAUCCAAACAGUCCAGCCAAUAGCCAGGCAGCACAGCUUUAUCAGGAAAACAAACGAGAAUAUGAGAAAAGAGUUUCGGCCAUUGUUGAACAAAGCUGGAAUGAUUCAUAAUAGACAACUGGUCUGUUAAUCUUUUUCAUCAUUGUUGUGUAUAAUUUACCUCUCAGUAGAAAGGCUAACAAAUUUAAGUGCCACAGGUUUUGAGGAUUCUGCAGAAAAAAAGUCCUUCAGUUUAGAACCUACAAAAGCUUGUGUAUCUUGAUUAAUGUACUUUUUAUUGCAUGGUGUGAACUAAGUUAUUGCUUACAUAAAUUUGUAAUAUAUCCUGUUUGUAUUUUUUUCCAAGUGUAUAAUGUUGGUGUGGAGUUUUCAUGACAGAAUAUACACAUUUUGUAAAUCUGUACUUUUUUCAAAUAUUGAAUGCCUUAUUUUUUAAUUCUUUAGAUUUUUAAAUUGGAGAAAAGCACUUAAAGUUUUUUAUAUAUGAAUAUUACAUGUAAAGCUGUUAAAAUACAUAACUUCAGUGCAAGAGACUUUGUCACUUAUUUCCUUAUCUAUGUAGGAGGGGUUAAUAAGUCUCUAGCUCUCUAUCAGUUGAUAGUUUCAUUUCCAAUUUCAAAAGAACAGAUUUAUAUUUUAUCAAGAAAUUCUUCGAAUUUGAUUCUGAACAUCAAUUAUAAUCUCAAGCUUUAUUUUGAAUGUACCUAUAUUAGUUUCAAUUGAGCAAUUAUAGACAUAAUUGAUUUGAUUCUGUCUAACUCUGUAUUUAGGCCACUUGUUACUGUUUCUUCAUGCACUACUUACUGUUAAACUGUACCUUUUGUGAUUUCACAAUUUGCACCUCCACCAUGAGGAAUUGGCACCUCUACUGUAAGCAGAGAGCUGAUGCAACUUAUUUUGCUGCUUGAUACCACUUUAAAAGAUUUUUGAUAAGAAAGUAAAACCAGAAACAUUUACCAAAAAUCCAUGCCCCACUACUAAUAAUAAAUAACAGUUGGUUGCAUUGGUUUGAGCAAGGCAGAUAUUUGGAAGAAAUCUUGGUGUACUUAAAAUAUUUGAAAACUGCCUUUUAAUGCAAUUACAUAUCUGUUUAUUCUGGGAAAAUGUUUUAAUACCAGGGCCUGCUGAGUUGCUUUCUCUUGUGGAGAUUUUUUUUUUAAUCUCCUAAGUUGUAUAAAAGUUGUACUGCAUCUUAGUUUACUGGAUAAAUUUAAAACACCGUAUUGUAGAAAGCUAAUACAAAGCUAUCCUAUGCCUUCAAGUAGUAUAGAAAAUGGAAAAUACACAAGUAAAUUCUGUUGAACCA